UCUUCCACGGUCGUCUCUAGUCCCAACACCCUUCACUAAACUAUAGGAAUAGGAGUAGCAAACACAAACAUCUUUGCUUCCUUUUUCUCUCUCCUCCUUCAUUCUCAUUUCUCACAUUGUUGUUGUUGCACUAUUCAAUGCCAACAAUUAGUGUAAGAUUUACACUAAUUUAAUCACAUUUAAUUAUUUGAAAGAGAAAAUUAUUAUUUCUUCUUCUUCUUCUUCCUUUUCUGGGAAGAACACCCUUAAAAAAAAUCAGUCAAAACAACCCCUUUUUUUAACUGGGAAAACAAAAACAAAAAGGAAAACCUCCUUCAUUUUUCUUGGUUUCUUAUUUUGAUGAAAUCUAAGCUUCUAAAAACCCUAGAAAGCUCAAAGAUCAAAUUAAUGUAAUGGGUUUUUUCUUGAAAUGUGGUCCUAACAAAUGGGUCGAAGUCAGAAUUUUCAGAUAAGCAGCAAAUGUUUCAGAUUUUGUUGUUCAUAACAGAGAAAAAAAGAGUAAUAUUGCAAAAAAAAUUAGUGGAGUUUUGCGGUUGUUGUUGAAGCUUUGAGUAUGGCUAGACGUCAUGGGUGGGAACUCCCUGCUCAUUCUUUGCAGAUUGUGGCUAUUACAGUGUAUUUCCUGCUAACAAUUGCAUAUUAUGCGUUCUUUGCACCAUUUGUUGCGAAGGAUGCAUUCUAUGAGUAUCUGGCUAUUGGUGGUUAUACUUUUCUGGCCUUAGGCGUGUUAAUACUUUAUGCUAGAUGCACAGCUAUUGAUCCAGCUGACCCUGGUAUUCUGAUUGAGCCAGACAGAACGGCUAGAUCACAGCGUGAAACCAGUUUGCCAGGUAAUGCAUCUUCAAUAGAAGAACCAUGCAAAACAGGACUCGGGGGUGGUGAAAGGUCAGAUGCAUAUAGUCCACCUUUUUGUUCAAAAGUUGGAGGACUCUUUUGUUUUUGCCUUGUACGAGAAGAUUGUCGAGAUGAUGAGGAAGUUGUUCAGCAAUCAUCAGGAGAAGAAGAGGCUUUGUUUUGCACGUUGUGUAAUGCUGAGGUGCGUAAAUUCAGCAAGCACUGCAGGAGUUGCGACAAAUGUGUUGAUGGGUUUGAUCAUCAUUGUCGGUGGUUGAAUAACUGCGUUGGCAGGAAAAAUUAUUUUACAUUUGUGACCCUUAUGGCAAUGAGCCUUCUUUGGCUUGUGGCUGAAUGUGGUGUGGGCAUUUGGGUCCUUGUUCGCUGCUUCGUUUUUAAAGAGGCCACUGAACAUCAAAUAAUUGAGAGGCUUGGAGAUGGAUUUUCACGCCCUGUUUUUGCUACAGUGGUGGCGCUUGGCACAACUGUCUCCUUUCUGGCAAUCGUGCCUCUGGGAGAACUGUUCUUCUUCCAUAUAAUUCUCAUCAGAAAGGGAAUUACGACUUACGAGUAUGUUGUUGCAAUGAGGACCCAAAGUGAACCACCUGGACCAUCAGUUGGUGGAGAACAGCUAAGUCUACCAUCUUCACCAACAAGCUCUGCAGUGACUGCCAUAAGUGGGCGAAGCUCUGUUGGGAUGGGUUUGCAAUACAAAGGCACUUGGUGUACUCCACCUAGAAUUUUCCAGGAUGAAAUUGAACAUCUAGAGCCAGGGACUGUGCCAUCUACUGUGGACCCAGAUGCCUUACCCAAUGAUAAGGGUAAAAGGGUGGCCCAGCGGCCUGUUAGGAUUAGUGCUUGGAAGCUCGCAAAACUAGAUUCUAGAGAGGCAAUUAAAGCGGGUGCAAAAGCUCGAGCAUCAUCAUCUGUAUUACGGCCAGUGAAUUCUCGACCUCAUCCUUAUGACAGUGACCAGUUAUCCAGCAGCAAUGUAAGUGGGUUAAGUAGUCCUAUUAGCAUGAAGUCAUCAGGGUUUCUGAAUCGACAUUUGAGAGCAGGAAUCCCGAGGCUGUCUUCUGCAAAGAGUUCUUACCCACCAAGCAGGGCAAGCAGGGAGGAUAUUGAGGCGUGUGCCCGUAGUAUAAGCAACAUAAGCAGCCCUCCUCAUGCCUCACACCUUGCUACCCCUUCUCCAUUGCCUUCAAAUGCAGAUCACUUCAACCCCAUGUACCAAUCAUCAGCAAAUCAGUCCCCUUUGUCAUCAAGAGCAGUUAAUGCAGCUUCUUCUACUAGUUUGAAGAAAAACGAGCCAAAUGUCAGAGGAGAAAGCACAAAAAAUACAGUUUACUGGGAUCCAGAAGCUGGAAGAUUUGUUUCAGCGGCUUCUAGAGGUUCAGGUGCAGGUGGUGCUGCUUCCUCCUCACGGGCGGAGCUGUCAUAUACGGGUCAGUCCAUAUUUUUUGGUGGUCCUCUCGUGAAUGAGAAUUUGACCAGAAGUACUGCGGGGUCAGGAGCUGUUGCAGGAGCAGGGGAUAGAGACAGAGGAGGCGGUAUUUUUCAGCAGGGUCGACCACAGAGGGGUGCACAGCUUCCUGUGUUUCUUCCUAGUGAUUCACAGUUACCUUCUAGGGUGCCUUGAACAAACUAUUUUUCUUCACUUAUACACCUUAUUUAGAUCCUAGAAUUCAGUGAACUCUCUUUUCAAUUUCAGUUGGUCUUUUUUCCUUGUAUUGUGCAGCUACUAGUUAGGCAAAUUUUGAAUCAUUUCUGGCAAACCAUGCUAAUGAAAUUUGAUCAAUCUAUCCAUCUGUAAUCAAUUUCCAUUCAAGACACUGAGUGCUUACUGAAUUCAUCUGUGCAGCCAUUCUAACGCA